AUGGCCGACUUUCCCGACUCUCUGACAUGGCUGGACUUCGUCCUAGGCGUAUUCUCCUUCGUCAUCACAGUUCUAAACUUACUCGCUCUAUACGCAAAUAUGGUCGCCACUAUUCAAGCUGCACCCAGGCAGAUGCGUGACGCUCUGGGUAACCUCCGGCAGCAGAUAUGUGAGGAACGGGAAGCCCUCCAGCAUCAAACUUCCCACAGUCGCCAUAGACACCGCUUUGGAUAUUCCACGGCUGCAGAGAUCCUACCUUUGGCCUACUCUGAUCAGACCCUGGCGCUGCAUUAUAUGACACUGCGCGACUUGUGGAUACAAUUCAAGGGGCUAGAACGGCCGUUCCUCGUUGCGAGUGACAUGCGCGCCGAGGCAAUUCACCGAGGAGAUCUGUGGUGCGAAGACGAUUUUGACGACGAGAAGGUCCGCUACGACAUUGAGCGACACGGUGAAGCGGGAAGUUUUGCCGAUUGGAAAUCGCUGUACCGCUGUGACUUCGUGCAUCGAUUUAUAUGGUGGCAAUCAAAGGAAGACGUGAAGAAACUGGCGGAUAUGGUGCAGAAGGUGAUGCUUCGGAGGAUGGAGCGAGAGGUCACCCAGACGCGUUUGAUGAUUAUGCAGAUCCGAGGCAAUCAUCCCGACGAAUGUGUUGAUGAGAAUGGCGUCAGAGACAAGGACGAAACCAACGAGAAGAUUCAUCAGUCCAAGACGGCACAAUCGGUCACGAGGGCACACAACUUCGAGUUAUUCAUCCGAUAG